AUGAAAGCACAUGGAGGUGGAACGGGACAGGAAGCCCUGGAAAUGUCUAGUUUCGGAGGCCAUGGCACUUUUUGGGUCGCAAAUAAAGCGGGACUGGACGAGGUGUGGGUGAAUAUUGACCACCCUGCAGCCUCAGUUCUCACCGCCACCCAGAUACUGAAAUGGGCGUGUCUUCAACCGUUGCCACCCAGUGCCAGCCCAAUUCUAGGAAUUACAACACCAGCGCAGAGCAGAAAUAACUACCCCCCUGCUGCUGGGGUAUGA